CCCAACAACGGCAGCAGCAGCACAAGCAGCAGCAGCACAAGCGGCAGCAGCACAAGCAGCAGCAGCACAAGCAGCAGCAGCACAUUUGCUGCACCCUCCAGCGGCACUUCCGGCCAUCAGCUGGUAGAGCGACUUUCAGACGUUUCCGUAGAGGCCUUAGACAAGGCUCGCCAGAUCUUGGCUUCAAUGAGAGGGAGUGCUGAGGGGGGCCCCCCCGACGCCAACGGCUCCUACCUCUUGUGCUUUCAGCUGCUAAAACUCGCAGGUCUGGAGGCGGAGAUUCCCCGCCUUGUUGUCUUUGGCCAGCAGAGCAUGGGGAAGACAACGCUUCUAGACUACAUCAUGGGGGGCCCCAUAGGAUACAGCAGUACAGACACAGGCACACGGCAGCCAGUGGUCAUCUUGCUCCGGCCGAGCGAAACGGGCGCUGUCUCCUGUCGGCUUAAGAAUCAAUCGAUUGCCAUCAAGGAGCUGCAGCAGAAGAUGAAGGAGAUCAUGGCUGCACAGGGAGAAAAUAUCAGCAGCGAGGAGCUCGAGGUCGAGAUUGCCGUCCCCAACGGUGUGCAUGCGGUGUUUGUCGACUUGCCGGGAAUCAAAGAUGACUCCCAGAUGGGCGCGCAACAGACGCGUGCAGUAGUUCGCUCUUAUGUGCAAAACAAUCCCAAUGACCUCUAUAUUCUUGUGAAGAAGGCCAGUGACGAUCCCGCGAACUGGCCAUGGAGCCUCAGAGAGUUCAUUCUUUCCCCAGGGCCUAAAGGUCUAGGACUUACUCCCUCGCAGACGGUGGUCGUUGGUACAAGAGCUCGGGAGUUUCUUCAAAACGAAAAAAACGAUGUGAAAACGCAGCAGCAGCUGCUGGACCGUGUCAGGAAGCGGGCUGUCAAGGACGCGAACGGAAACCUUCUGCCGCUGUACCUCUUAGAGCUCUUCUCGCUUUCUCUAGAGGAGAAGGAGAAGGGGAACUUCUUGUCUCGCAAGCAGAGCAUGCAAAGGCAAAUGGAGGAGGGCCAUAGAGACGUCCAGCACCUCCUUUUUUCUGCCUUCGAUGUCUGCCCCGAUCAGCAAACGCUGUCUGAUUUCUUCAGUCCAACCAAGUUUAAGACGGAGCUCAACGAUAAGUUUCAGUCAUUGCUGUCUGAGCAGCUGAGUCUGUUAGAGAGGCGUUUAGGCCGGAAGAGGAGCGAGACGCAGAAGCGGAUAGGAGACAUCGAAGAUCAGCUCGUCGAGCAGUCCCCCCAGUCCAUAAGGGAAUAUGUGAAGCUGUAUCUGCGGGAGCUGCUACAAAUUGUCACAGAGCUAAUGACAGGCAACUACGUCAUUAUUCGGCUGCCACGAGGAGGAGCCUCAUUCAUGGAUGUGUAUGGAGGCACUUUAAACGAGAAUCUUGAAGCUGGCCACAAGCUGUGUUGCGAACUCUUUCCCGAUCCAGAACAAUACGAUCCCCAGUUUCUGCAGACUACCAGGAAAAAAGCAGAGGAAUACUUUGAGCGUCUGAAGCAGGAGGAGGCAAGACAGCAUCUUCCAGGAGCACCUAAUGGACGAGUUGUUACGCAGCCUGGCCAGCUCGUGCGAUACAUGUUGUCUAAGGAUGAAACCAACAUGUUCGGACUUGUGCAAACUGUCUCGGAUUCUGCCGAAGCAGGUGAUCACACAACGAAGAAGGCAGAGGACGCUCAUAAUUCUGACAACAAGGUUUACAGCCGAGAUGCGCUAGUCACCUUCUACUUUCGAAGUCCACAGGCACUGACAGAGCAAACACAAUCCAAAAGUGUAGAUCGGCAGCGCCUAACUGUGAUUCUUUCUCUUCAGACGUUGGUAAAUCCGAAGAAUAUCCCCCCUCACGGCUAUCGCUGUUGGCAGCGUGUCUUUCGGCCGGAUGGCUGGAUCGGCCUUCGGCCGGUGGAGAUACACUCCGUCUCUGUCGAGUCAGCAAAUGCUGAACAAGCUGACGGUACAGCAGCGUUGUACAAAGGCCAUGCCGUUAUCCACCCCCUCCUAGGGCCUGACCUGGAAGGCCUCCCCAACGAAGCAGCACCGCAAGAGUCAGUUGGGCUAGAUGAAUUGUUCAUGGACGCCGUUGGAGAAAGCGACAGGCAGUCCGUCGGAGAUUCAGACUUGACUCUCAUGCAACGAGUGGCCGGAGAGUUCGCCGACGUUCGGCUGCUCAAUCAGCUUUCCUUAACGCACUUAGGACGAUGGAUGAAAUUCCACAUCUCCAUUUUAGAACCAGACAGGCGCUUUACCAAAGAUGUACUUCUGCAGAUGAUGCGUUCUGUACGGCAUGUCAUGGACAAAGCCGACUGGGAGCCCCUUAUCGCCGAUCUUCUACAGUCCAACGUGCGUGGGGGAAUGCUGCACUUGGUCCGUCUGGCAACAUGUGCAUCCUCAUGUGCCUUAAGACGCAUUUUGCGCGCGGCAGCCGCAGAAAUCAAGAGACAGAUCAGCACGGGAGAUCUGGCAAGCGGGCUCAAAUUCCUCACCGAAAAUUCAAGGUUUAUGGACGAGCUUGAUCAGGCUCUUGAUGAAUAUUGCAGAAGCAAGGCUCGUGCCUGUGCCGCAACGAUGAGGGAGCUUAUCUUCGAGCAGACGCAUGCAGUCCACUUUGAAAUGAUUGAAGAGCUCUUCGAUGGCUGUCGACAAUUCGAAAGAGACUUCCUCGGGAGCUCUUCGAUGGAUGAAGUUGCAAAGACUGUCCGAACCACGAUGGCGAGGCGGAAGCAGCGCUUGGGAGUAGCGGAUGUGUACUCGCGGAGUGGCGGUCCAGGAGAUCCGCAUGAUAUGAUUUAUGAGGAG